UCUUCUACCAAAUUUAUCAUAAUCACAUAGGUUCCAACAUAACACUACGCAUUUUAGAUUAAAAGUCGAUGAAGAGAUGAAUGAACCAUACGGUACAGAACCAAAAUUGAAUCCAGGUUCCCAAUACUCCAAGGACAAAAUUAUUUGUAUCGCGCUUUCAAUUAUACUACAUUUUUUAGUUACUACAGGAGUAACAUUUAUACUUAUUGUAAAACUUCAUCCAUAUCAACAUUAUAAAGAUGAUAUAUAUAAAAUGAAAUUAUCUGUAGAUGAAAUGAGUAAUACUAUUAAAGAUUUACCUAGUAUAUUACAACAAUGCGAAGAUUAUAUAAACUAUAUGCACGGUGAAAUAAUAACCUUGGAUACUUCAUUAAAUAAGGUCCGUAAUUAUACAACUUGGCUGCACACUAAUAUAAAAGUGUUAAACGAGGCUGUAAAAAAAUUGUAUUGGUUAGUACAGUACUACCACCCUGGAGAAAUGCAAAGAUAUGAUGAAUAUUUAAAAUUAUCAUGUCAAAAAUUCGAAUUUUCCGAGUAUAGUACUUUAAAUAAUUUAUAUUAA